UUGUGGCUUCAUUUAACUUCCUCGAUCUCCUUCCCUCCCUCCCAGCAGCUCUGAGGACAAAAUUCCCAGCCUGCAAUCCUUGGGUGCGGGGGUGCGAGCCUCCUUAAAGGUAGACCUAGAGGACAAGCAGGAUCCUGCAGCCAAACUGUUGCAAGGCGCCCUGCGGCUCUCCUUCUGCUCUGCAAGCGGCAAGUCCCUUCCCAGGACACCCUCACCCCUCUUUUGCAGGAUGAGUGCCGCGUUCGUAGCAGCGGCGGGGGAGAGGAACAAGGAGCCUAUCCUGAGGGUCCUCCGGGACUACGUGAACCCCUGCCAGCCGCAAGUCCAGGUGCUGGAAGUGGCUUCGGGCUCCGGGCAGCACGCGGCCCACUUUGCCCAAAUGAUGCCCAACGUGGUUUGGCAGCCCUCGGAUGUAGAUCCGAAAUGCAUCGAGAGCAUUUCUGAAUUUAUCAGGGCGUACCGCCUCCCGAAUGUCAAGCCACCCAUUUACUUGGAUGCAUCGCGCAGCUGGGAGACGUGGGGCGGCUUCCGCCCGGACUCUCUGGACCUCAUUGUCAACAUCAACAUGAUUCAUAUCUCGGACAUGAGCUGCACGGAGGGUUUGUUCAGAGGAGCAGGAAAGCUGUUAAAGCCUAAAGCGGUGAUGGUCACAUAUGGGCCUUAUGCUGUGAAUGGCUGCAUCUACCCACAGAGCAACGUGGACUUUGAUUCCUACUUGAGGCAGAGAAAUCCAGCCUGGGGCCUCCGGGACACGGCUUUGCUGCAGCAGUUUGCUGAGAUCAAUAGGAUGUGGUUGGAGAGGAUGGUCGACAUGCCUGCAAACAACAAGUGUCUUGUUUUCCGCAAACACUAAGCCAGCCCAUCCGCUUUCUCUGCCAAGGAGAAGGGACCACCAAGGACGGUCAAAGUGUCGCCUGCCGUCGCCAAAUUUGCUCUGUGUCUGUCGUGCUCAAGCCCACCAGGUUUCUAGUAGCUUCUUCGGCUCCUGGGUGAAAAUAGCUCUUGGUGAGAUGGGAAUGAUGUCCUGUAUGAAGAUCUGCAUCAGGAGAGAAAAGCCUUUACAGAGAAUGGAGCUUUGCUCAAAGGUUUCUGGCCAGUGUUGAGCUAGCACAGGGAUGGAGGAGCUGCAGUCCUCCCAGAUGUGCUUGGACUCCCAAUUCCCAUCAGCCCCCAGGCAGCAUGGCCAGGGGAGGAGGCAGGGAUGGAGGGAACUGAGCCCAAGCACAUCUGGAGGGCCUGCGGGUCCCCCAACUAGCCCGUUCAUGCUUCGAUUUUGGUAUUUAGUGCUGGUUUCGAAGUUGUGGGUUAGACGGCAUCCAUGUACCCAUCUCAAACACCUUUGUCUCUUGUGCAUGAUUAUUACCUUUCGCCUGCUUCAGUGAAGGCUUUGUUUUCAGGCCUUCUUUGAUGGAGACCUUAAUGUCCUUUGACCCUGUAACUGUGACUUUUGGGUUAAGAGGGGAUUUCGGAGUAGAAAAUAUUACGGAAUAUGGGAGGAAGGAAAGCUCAGAAUGACACUUCCCCAAGUAACUGAAGGCUAUCGUGCAGAGCUAGAUGGGAAAGAUGGAUUUGAUGACUAGUACUCUUUACAGACUCUUUACAACAAAGUUGUUAAAAUACUGGGUAUUCAAUAAUGUAAUUCCACUCCUGUAGUCUGAAACGCUACCACCCCAAUAACAACAUACCCACCUGCCUCUGUAGGUUAGCUUACAGUCUAGCAGCUUUAACAAGUCUUCAGCUGAGUAAUUCCCCCCCCCCCUUUGCCUGUUCCAAGUGUUCCUCAAGAGGUAGCAAAUCACUCCAGCACAUCUUUAAAAAAAUCUGUAUGAAGUAAUAGCUCCCUCUAGUGGUGAUCAGCCACUAGAGCAGCAACAAUGUAUAGCUAAGGGCUGAACUUAUGGGAAUAGCAAGGAGGAAGAACUUUGCCGGGGAGAUCUGUGUGAAUGUAAUACUGUGUGGACUCUGCUGCAUUUGAGUGCAAAUAAAUAUAUUGCUUGGGUA